AUGCAAAGAAGAAGGAAGCCACAAGCCAAAACUGCAGGGCGGCAGCCGGAACACUGCGAGGGGAGCGAGCGUGGAGUGAGCGGGGUGGCGAGCAGUGGCAGGGCCGGGCAGGGGGUGCCCGAGGCGCGGCACAGCAUCGGCCCCGCUGACAGCAUCGCGGUGCCCCCGCAGCAGAACGGCGCCCUUGUGCACCUGGAGCUGGCGCUGCUGUGGAUGGUGUCGCGGCCUGGCUCCCGCGGCGUCGUGCAGCUCCUGGACUGGUUCGAGGUGCCCGAGGGCUUCACACUGGUCAUGGAGCAUCCGGAGCACUGUCAGGACCUCUGGUACUUCGUGCACGAGAGGCAGUUCCUGACGGAGCCCGUGGCGCGGGGGCUGUUCCGCCAGGUGCUGGAGGCCGUGCGGCACUGCAGCAGCUGCGGCGUCCUGCACCGCGACAUCAAGGCCGAGAACGUUCUCGUGGACCUGGCUACAGGCGAGGCGAAGCUCAUUGACUUCGGGUGUGGCACGAUCCUCCGGGACACAUUCUACACCCAGAUGUCAGGAACGCCGGAGUACAGCCCACCAGAGUGGAUCCUCUUUGGCUGCUACCAUGGCCAGCCAGCCACCAUCUGGUCUCUGGGCAUCCUGCUCUAUGAGCUGGUCUGCGGGCACCUUCCUUUCCACACCAAGGAGGACAUCGUCCGGGGCCAGCUCUGCUUCCCCGCCCGGGUGUCUCAAGGUGGGGAUGCGUCUUCAAGGCAUGAGGGGAAGAAUGGGCUUGGGAGGGGCAGCUGGCACAGAAGCGUCCCGCUCUUGCAGCUGGUGAGGAGGUGGAUCUGCUGGGCUUAG